AUGGCCAAUACGUCCAACAAGCGCAUGAGACCAACAGGGUUUUCGGAUAUCACAAGUGACAGGAUCAGCAGCCUCCCCGAUGAGAUUCUCCACCAUAUCCUGUCUCUCAUGACUGCACGAGAAGCGGUGCAGACAUGCGUGCUAUCCACGAGGUGGCGCGAUGUUUGGAUGUCUUUGCGGUGCAUUGAAGUUGAGGCACAGGAAUUCACCAACAAGGAGGGAUUUGUGAUGUUCAUGGACAACCUACUACUGCGCCGUGGUUUGGUCCCUCUAGAUAGCUUUUGCCUCAUGGGCUGGAGCGAUGAUUUUUCCCUCAACCAUCCCAGAGCUAACCUGUGGGUCUGCCAUGCCCUUAGGAGCAAUAAGCUCUUUUCUGGCUGUCCACAGCUGGAAGAACUAUCAUUGGUAGACUGUCGUGUUCCUGCCACCAAGUUCUCCUCUAGGACCCUGAAGAAAUUAACAUUUAUUGCACAUACCCCCUAUGGCGCUGAUGAUGUCCAUACUGAUUUUGAAGACCUUGUAAUAGAUACCCCUAGUCUUGUUUCGCUGCAUCUGGAGGACAUUCCGUUGUUAACUCCUUGCCUUGUGAAUGUCUCAUCUGUUGUCAAGGCUUCAUUUCGCCUGGAUGAAGAGUGUUUCUCGAGUCCUUAUGUAAGCUGCAAUAUUAUCAGUGCCCUGUCAAAUGUUACAAAGUUAAAGUUGUUCUUUGGACUUGACAAUGAAACUGCAAGCAAGGUUCUAAGAAGAGAUCUCUGGAGGUGCCAGGCAUUCAACAACCUGAAAACUUUGUCUGUCAGUGGCUGGUGCGUAGAUGUUGACCUCCGUGCACUGGUCUACUUUCUUCGACGCUCACCUGCCUUAGAGAAACUUACUCUGUGUCUCAGCUUCACUGAAGGGACAACAUGGAGUCCAAGGAAACAAACAUCGUUUAAUUGUGAACAUCUGAAGAAGGUCAAGAUCAGAUGCCCUCAGGGUGACAAAAGGGUGGGCAAUAUUGUGAAUGUCAUACUUGCCAGUGCCUCUGUCCCGGAAUUUGUCAUCAAUCCGUACGAGCGCUGGGAUCCUUUGGAGUAGGCCUCUCUUUGCUCCUUGAUG